AAAUUCGAAAAAAUUGCAAAUAUUCAACUUUGCUUUUUUAUAGUUUUGAAAUCCAAUGUUACCAUUUUUAGUAUUUUUGUUACUAUAUUGUUAACAACUUCUUUGUACAAUGUAUAUUAUCAUCAGAAUCUCAAUUAGAAAUGAAAUUCAAAAAUGUAUUUUUUUAUUUAAGAAUUAUGGCACAUUCAUCAUAUCAGUUAAUUUGUUAUCUAUAAUGUCUACUCUCAAGAGAGAUAAAGAUCAAAAUGCUCAUUAUUUAUUUUUGAACCAGAAAUAUUGAAAUGUUCUAGCAUAAUAUAUAAAAAGUAUACUCUUUCAGAGAAUGGAGGACAAUGUUAGUGAGGAUUCUGAAGUGAAAUCCGAGGAUGAUGAGAGGCUGAACCUGAAGGUGAAGCCCGACCUCAUGAUAAAGGAGGAGUUGGAGGAUGACGGGGAGGAUGACGAGGAUGGGGGGAAUGAGAUGGCUCUGUUGAAUUUUGAAGUAAUUAUGGAAGGCGUUGAGAAACUUAUAAAAGAAGAAACACCGGACAUACAGGAUUAUAAAUGUGAUCAGUGUGACUACUUUGCAUCCGGCUUGUACAAUAUGAAGAGACACAAGAGCAGUAAACACGUUCCUCGAGAUCAUAAAUGUGAUCAGUGUGACUACCACGCGAAAAGUGUUGUAUCACUGAAGAGACACGUGGCUUACAAGCAUUCAAAGAUUAAGGAAACCACUUGUACUGUUUGCAACCUCGCGGUUCCAUCCAACAUGGCGCUCUUCAAACACAUGAAAAAUAAACAUGGCGGUAUGAAACAUCCUUGUGACAAGUGCGACUAUAUUGGCGCCAAUUCUAUGACCUUAAAGAAGCAUCAGGCCCGGCGACAUACUGGGGAACAGUUUAAUUGUGAAGAUUGCGUGUUUUCUACUAAUACUGCCAGAGAUCUAGACAAACAUAAGGAUAAAAUGCACCCGGUGGAUUCUUGCACCUGUGAUGAAUGUGAGUUUGUAGGUCCAAACCGGAUUGCUUUGAGAGAUCACAAGAAAAGUAAACACGCGGGAUUUCUCUGUGAUCAAUGUAGUUUUUCCGGAGCUUCAGAAAGUGGGUUGAGAUAUCAUAAGGAGAUUGUUCACGAAGGAAAACGGUUUCCUUGUGAUCAGUGUGAGUAUACAGGGUGUUCUAAAGGUAUGCUGAAACAUCACAAGGAAGCAACACAUCAAGGCAUUAGGUAUCUGUGUGAUCAAUGUUACUUUUCUACAACGUCUACGGAGUAUUUAAAGAAGCACAAGCUGAGUAGACACGAAGGAGUGAGGUAUCCCUGUGAUCAAUGUGAUUAUAUUGGAGCUCUUCAUAGCAAUCUAAGAGCACACAAGGCAGUUCGCCACGGGGACAAGAAUGCUAAAUUUCUGUGCGAUCAGUGCGAAUUUUUUGCUCUCAGCAAAAGUAACUUACUCAACCAUAAACGGAGAAAGCACGUAGAUAUAGUGUAUAACUGCACGUAUUGUGAUUAUAAUACUACUAGGAAAGAGUUUUUAAAAAGACACUCUGAGGCUAAACAUGAAGGUAUUAGAUAUCCCUGUGAUCAAUGUGAUUACGAAGCAACCCAGGCAGGGAACUUGAAAACACACAAGCUUAAUAAACAUAAAUAGAUGAAUAGAAUCGGUGGGCAGCUUAGUUCUUGUUUUAAAGAAUGUAACACUCUAACCCUACUCAUCUCUUCAGAUAAGCUGAAAAGCUUUUUUUUAUGUUGAUGUUGGAUAGUAAAGAUAUCUCGCUGUGAUCUAUGGUUUUUAGAGACUAUCCCCGAUUAACAACGGUACUCUUGUAACCUGAGACCGAUCAAGGAGGGCAGACUUUUCCUUUCUUGUUGAACAUAAUUGCAAGUGGUUUUGUAUUUAUGGAAUAUUGAUAUUUACUUUCUUUAAGUUGCUGAUUUCAAAUAUUUACACUCAAAUUAUUGAUAACCACGGUUGAAACAGAACAAUGAAUGUGACGUUAUCCGCGUUGAGUUCACACAGUACGCUAGCGUAAUAUCCUUUUUUACUGCUUCUCACUCAACAUUUAAAUGUAUGGUGGUUGAACUGAGUACCGUUGUGAAUUGGGGACACCCCCUGCAAAUGAAAAGUCACUUAACAUUACUCUUACAGUCCUUUAAAUAAUUUGAUUUUAACCUGUUACCAUUAUUUACAUAUUGUACGAUGUUAGAUCAUACAAUGUACAUCGUACCCCCAGACUGAAAAUUAAUCUCAGCGAUUCUCUUGUUUCAUUGUAAAUUGACAUGUAACUGUCUAAACAGGAGAAAAUUAUAUUUGUUCUCAAUUUUCUAAAUCAAUUAGUUAUUUUCUGACUAUAAUAUUCUCUUAUUUAUAUCUUUAUUAACUUAUUUAUCUAAAGAAUCUUAUUUACGAACUACAUAACGCAGAGAUUAUGUGUUGACACUGUUGCGACUAAAUGUUGAAAGCCAUAAAUUAUAAAUUAUGUGGAUUGUGGACAUUAAAAUUGUUAAAACUCCCACCAUCGCUGUGUUUGUUGGUUAUUUGUUUGAUUAAAUUAAUGUUGUUAAUGACCAGUGAAGGUAUAAAAAUCAGAAUUGUAUGUAUAUUUUUCUCAAAAUCAAGUAUGAAAUAGUUUUCUGUAACAUUUAAAAAAAAUGUUUAAAUUAAAAUUUGUGUAUUCGACAUCUUUUAAAACUUAUUACAGUCCACUUUGCAUUAAUUGUGAUUAUUCUUGACCAUUAGACCAAACUUUCCCUGUUUAAAUGUUAUAAAAUGAGUUGUAAAUUUUAAACUAUUAUGCUAACUAUUAAUUUAACCUGUUUUUCAGAAAAAUGGUUGAAUUAAACAAAACUCGAGAUUUAUAGUACAUUAGUACAGGGUCUGAAUAUAGUUCAGGGGUUAACCUUCUUACUUUAAAUAAGUUUCACUUUAAAUCUGCACUGGGCCUGUUUUGAAAGCAAGGAAAUUUCGAUUGACGCGUUAGGGGGAAAAAUAAAAAAUUAAACUUGAUCUAGCCACUUUUUAUCUCUUCUUUAUAUCGGUUCCUGAAAACUCAUAAUAUUAUUCCCAUUAUUGUAAUUAAUCUUUGAUAUUUCUGUCAUAUGUUGAGGG